GAUGGAGAGAGAGAGAGAGAGAGAGAGAGAGAGAGAAAGCGAGAAGAACAAAUAUACCGUGUUUUAGGCACGAAGCACAAAGUACAAAGUGAAAUAUGAAAGCUUUUGUUCUUCUACUGACGCUAGCCCUCGCGUCUCACUUCGUCGACGUCGAAAGUCGGAUGACCGUGACACAGAUUAAAAAUGCUUUGAAAGGGGUGAGGAAAGCGUGCAUCGGUAAAUCAGGAGUUAGCACAGAUCUCAUCGACGGAACUCAUCAGGGCGUCUUUGCCGAGGAUAGAGAAUUGAUGUGCUAUUUGUUGUGUUGUAUGGGCAUGAUGAAGACGAUGAAAAAUGGUAAAUAUAGCAUCGCCGCCGCUGAAGCCCAAGCGGACGCCCUCCUCCCGCUGGAACUGGUCGACCGAGCAAAACUCGUGAGCAACGAAUGCUCGGCGGAAAUGACGAGUGAUGACGACUGCGAGGCGGCAUGGCAAUUCGCUAAAUGUGGUUUCGCAAAGGACAAAGAGGUAUACUUUUUCCCGUGAUGUGCCAACGAUUGCAUCGAUACGACGCCGACCGAUCGAAGAGCAUGGGCAUCGAUGUAAUUGUAAGGCUCUGUAAUUAUUUUUCAAGACGAUGAAAUGACGCGCUGUGGAACACACGGUAUAUUAUACGUCAUGAUUGUGCAUUAUACACGUAUAAGUUGUUUUAUAACUCACCUUUAUACCCACAAGUAAUGAGAUUGUGAAUAACUAAUUUUAAAUUAUAA